CCUCCCCUCUUUCGGGGCUGGGCUGACGUCACCGACGAGGCGAUAAAUAUCUGUUGAUAUAAUUGGACGUGAGAUUCCGGGGUUGCGAUCGCAGGACGUUGCCCGCCGCCGCCGCCUGCUCCGGAGCGGCCCCCAUGAUUUAUUCAGCAAGCGAGCUGUCAAGCCAGCGUCAGCUUCUUAGGCGAAGGCUGCGUGAUCCCCCGACGGGGUCCCACCUAUAAAGACCCGGCAGACCCGGCUCCCGUUAGGAAGCCCUCGCUCGGGUCCCCGGGACGCCAGCAGAAGCGCUCCCAGACGGAGAAGGGGGCAAGCAGGCAGGCAGGCAGCCCCAAGGCAAGGCAAGGCAAGGCAAGGAAGGCAAGGCAGGCGGGUCCCCACCGCUGGCCGCUUCCAGUCUCCGAGUCUCGAAGAUCUGGUGGCCGAACCAUGAAGAUCCAGCUUCUGGUCUCGACGGGGGUGCUGUUGCUGGCUCUGCUGCCCGGCUGCCAUGAAUGCCGAGCCCUCAGCAAGGGCCUCCCAGUGGCGCCCCCACCCGACUCCAGCGCCUCGCAGCCCUCGGAUUUCCCGGACCAGUUGCCAGCGUCUUUGCCCGUCCUGCUCCGCAUGGGAGAGGAGUACUUCCUGCGCUUGGGCAGCCUUCGUAAGAAUCCUGCUUCUUCUUCCUCCUCCUCCUCUUCUUUCUCCUCCACCUCCAGCAGCAGCCACCUGGCAGCGACGGGCAACUUUCUCCGAGCGGCGGCCCAGCAGCUGCACCAGUUGCAGCAGCUCCAAGAGCGGUCGCUAGGGGGCGCUGCCGCCAUCGCCGCCGUGGCCGCCGCCGAGCAGCCCUGGGAAGAAGGCGACGGCGCCCACGCAGGGGAGGCCCUGCCGAAGGAGAAGCGCUCUGAGGAGCCGCCCAUCUCCUUAGAUCUGACUUUCCACCUCCUCCGAGAAGUCUUGGAGAUGGCCCGAGCCGAGCAGUUGGCUCAGCAGGCUCACAGCAACAGGAAACUGAUGGAAAUCAUCGGGAAAUGAAGCGCGCGGCUCUCCCCUCCCCCACCUCACACCCAUCCCGUCCCUUUCCCCCACCAAAGAGACCCUCCAGUUCGACUUAUAUUUACACGGAUGCCCCUGGUGUAGUUCCUCUUUCGUUAUUUUUAUGAGAGAGCUUCACCUCCAUUGAGCGUGUACGGUCUGUCCAUAUCCCCAGCCCCUCCACCCCUCGAUGCCCUUGAGUAGCAUGCCCGACGUUGUGCCCUGGUGUGGUUUGUAACUUAUUCUCCCGCCUCCCACUCCUUUCCCUUCCCUUCCCUUUCCGCCCAGAUUGGCCCCAUCCUCGAGGGGGGAAGUCCAGAAGCCCUGGCAGAUGGAAGGGGAGCUUGAACUCUUCUGGGGAAGGGGAUUUGUGGGUGCCCAAAAUAGGGCUCUGUCUGUAUCUGCUCUUUCGACCUCCUCCUUCUCCUCUCUCCCCCUCCUCCCUUUCGUUCGUCCUUCUUUGUAAACAUUUCCACAAAUAAAACAUAUUUUCAGCGCUCGGUCGACUUGGUUGUGUAAGAGGAGCGUUUAAUAUUUAUAUUUCUAAUAAAAAAAGCUGCAA